UGUGUGUGCGGUCUGUCUUUAAUGGAAAAGGAUUUGCACAUGAGCAGAAUGCACAAAGAGGCUUUAUACGGUCGUGAUCAGUGCUGAAAGAGCAUACACUUUGUAAAAUCACAUUGUAAUUCAUUCAUAUGUUUGAACUAGGUGGAUAGCAAUUGGUAUUGAAUAUGGAGCUAUUUGCAACAGUUGAUCAGGAGGGUUGCAUUUUGGACAUGUCCCAUCUGAAUCUGGAGAGUUUAAAUUUGGACACUGUCGGUGACGAACGGAGGAGAGUGACCCAACAACUCUACCUGUAUAACAACCGACUGACAGUGUUUCCCGCUUCGGUAUGUCUGUUCUCCAAAUUGGAAGUUCUGGAUAUAAGCAACAAUGGAUUAACGGUUCUCUGUGAGGACAUUCAACGUUUGUCAAACCUCAAAACACUCAUAGCCAAGAACAACCGUUUGAACGAAUUUUCGUUCCCAAAGGAAUUUGGGUCCAUGCAGAUAGACACAUUGAACUUCAGUGGGAACAUGUUUGAAGAGGUGCCCACUCAGUUUCUAAAACUCCAGCGAUUAAAAUAUCUGUCUCUUGGGGGUAACAGACUCAAAGCUAUCCCCGCAGAUAUAGAAAAUAUUACCAGUCUGGAGAUGCUUUAUUUGGGUGGGAACCUCAUCAUCUCCAUCCCCCCAGAGCUGGCCAACCUUCGCGGUCUCAGAUACUUGGUUCUUUGUGAUAACCGGAUACAGAGUGUACCCCCCCAACUCACAAGACUCUACUCCCUGCGCUGCCUCAGUCUCCAUAACAACCUACUUACCUACCUACCGCGGGAGAUCCUCAGCCUGGUGCACCUGCAGGAGCUCAGUCUCCGCGGCAACCCCCUGGUGGUCCGCUUCAUCAAGGACAUGACUUACGACCCUCCCUCCCUCUUGGAGCUGGCCGGACGGACCAUCAAGUCCCGCAACCUUCACUACCUCCCCAAUGACCUGCCUGGAAACCUGGUACAGUACCUGGACCUGGCUAGCAAGUGUCCCAACCCUAAAUGUACCGGUGUGUACUUUGACUCGUGUGUGAGGCACAUCAAGUUUGUGGACUUCUGCGGGAAGUACCGGAUACCCUUCAUGCACUACCUGUGCUCCCCAGAAUGCACCUCUCCCUGCAGCUCCAACCCGCAGAGCGACACUGAGUCGGAGGACGAGAGAUGCGUGUCGGCCGACAGGCUGCAGAGAGUGCUUCUGGGAUAGAAGAAAGUCAAAGGACCUCGAGUUCACUGACACACAUACUGGAUGAUGGACAGUUUCCAUGACUCCCAACUGACCUGACUAACCCAACCUCUCCUGUGCCAAACACGAUAAACACUGAUACUGAGCUGUUCACUUACAAAAGAGUGCCACUUUCAACAUGAGAUGUAGGAUUCCUCAAGGACUGAUUGUAAUGUAAAUUAACCACAGUUUAUUAUUGAUAUUUGGAGUCGUAGUGUUUUAAACAUCUAACUGAAGCUUAUGGAGUACUGAUUUUGUUGUAGACCACUCAUCAAAUGUAUUUUGAUGUACAUCCUCAGUUUGUAGUUUCUGUGUUAACAUGAAGGGCUGAAUGAAUUGUAUGUCAAAUUGAUUUUCUUUACAAUAUAGAUUCAGAAACACAGAAUGUGUUUCAUGCUUGUUUUAAAUCACCUCUCUUCUUAAGUUACCCUUUAAUCGUCAUACUUCUGUUGACACUGGCUGCUCGCGCAUGCAGUCCUAAUAUACAGUAGUCUCUGUCGCCUGUAGCAUUUACCCACCAUGCAUUAAUGCCUUCCCUUAUCUCACAAAACAACUUUUGUUGUUACUAACCAAGGGGAAAGUUGUGUAUGUUGAUGUGAUGAUUUCUUGUUCAAAGAGACUAAUCCAGAGCUUGUACUGUGAAUUAAAUGUUGGUUUGAUUAUUUUAAAUGAAUCAUUUAUUUGAAUAAAUCUAAAUGAAUAUUUAUAUAUUUUAUCUGUUUAUUUUAUACAUACAGUGUAUAAUUGAUAUGAGUACUGUUCUGUGAACUGGAUACAUAAGAUAAUGCUGUUUUAUUUUAUUUUUAUGUAUUUAACCUUAAUUUAACUAGGUCAUUUAAGAACAAAUUCCUAUUUACAAUGACGGCCAACCAAAAGGCCUCCUGCGGGGAUGGGGGCUGGGAUUGAAAAUAAAAAUAUAGGACAAAACACACAUCACGACAAGAGAGAACACAACACGGCAUAAAGAGAGACCUAAAGACAACAACAUAGCAUGGCAGCAACACAUGACAGCACAGCAUGGUGGCAGCACUAAACAGGGUACAAACAUUAUUGGGCACAGGUAACAGCACAAAGGGCAAGAAGGUAGAGAUAACAGUGCAUCACGCAAAGCAGUCACUGUCGGUAAGAGUGUCCAUGAUUGAGUCUUUGAGCGAAGAGAUUGAGAUACAACUGUCCAGUUUGAGUGUUUGUUGCAGCUGGUUCCAGUCAAUAGCUGCAGCGAACUAAAAAAACGAGCGACCCAGAGAUGUGUGCUUUGGGAGACUGGCAGAACAGGUGUUGUAUGUGGAGGAUGAGGGCUACAAUAGAUAUCUCAGAUAAGGGGGAGUGAGGCCUGAGAGGGUGUUAUAAAUAAUCAACCAGUGGGUCUUGCGUCGGGUAUGCAGAGACGACCAGUUUACAGAAGAGUAUAGACUGCAAUGAUGUGUCCUAUAAAAGAGCAUCGGUGGCUAAUCUGAUGGCAGAAUGGCAAAGAACAUCUAGCCACAUCUAGCUGUUCAUAACCCUGGCAAUAAUUGUGUCAAUAAUUAUUCCAAUGUGAAGAAUUUAGCAUGAUGUACUUUCAUUCAUUAAAAAAAGUGUAGUAUUUCAUGAUAUUGUUUUUGUUCCAUUUUAUUCUAUUUCUGUGUCCAGGUUGUGUUAAAGUUGUCCCUCAGGCAGCAAAGCAGCCCCAAACCAUAAUGCCACCGCCUCCAUGCUUUACGGUUGGUAUGGUGUUCUUCUGUUCAAAGGCAGUGUUUAUUUUUUGCCAAAGAUGGCAUCUAGCAUUGCGGCCAAACAACUCCACUUUUAACUCAUCUGUCCAGAGCACAUUGUUCCAGUAGUUUUGGUCUUUACUCCGGUGUCGUCUGGAAUUUUUUCCAUUUGUAGAUGAUCUGUCAGACAGUGGAACGAAUUUCAAAUUGCUUAGAAAUUGAUUUGUAACCCCUCCCAGACUCACAGGAAUCAAUAAUCUUUCUUCUGAGAGCCUCAGAUAGGUAUUUUGAACUUUGCUCGAUGUGUUACCACACACCCAUAUGGUUGAGACUAAACCAGACCAAGUUUCUAAUCUUUGUGGAAGGCUGGACCCUCCCAAGGUACUCUCCAAUGAUUUCCUAAUCAUUGUCACCUGUUUUGGUGCACCUGAUCCUAAUUGUAGCCAUUUUAGGUGAUGUUAAAGGUAGGGGGUACACUGCAUUUGGAAAUUCCAUUUUUUUUCUGCAUUUGGAAAUUCCAUUUUUGUUUAUUUUAAUUGCAUAACCUUUUCAAAGUAAAUGUUUUUGUGUGUGAUUUGUUAAAUUGGGUU